GGUUUUGUUUUCUUUCUCUCCACCCGUCCAGGUCUGUCGGUGGAUGUGUUUCGGGCAGGCGUGGCCCCCCGCUGCGAGAGCCGGGCCUGCAACCCCCGCAUGGGCAACCUGGCCCUGGGCCGGCGGGUCCUGACCCAGACCGUCUGCGGCAACAACGGCACCGAGCUCUACUGCUCCCACUCCGAGCCCGCUGCCGCAGGGCCGGCCUGCGGCGCCGCCAAGUGCGCCAAGUGUAACGCCGGCCUGCCCCCGCUGUCCCACCUGGCCGGCGCCAUGUCCGACUCCUCCUUCCGCCACCCCAACACCUGGUGGCAGUCGGCGGAGGGCGCGGAGUCCGAGACGGUGCAGCUGGACCUGGAGACGGAGUUCUUCUUCACGCACCUCAUCCUGGUGUUCCGCUCGCCGCGGCCCGCCGCCAUGACCCUGGAGCGCUCGCAGGACUUCGGCCGCACGUGGAGGAUGCUGCAGUACUACGCCGCCAACUGCAGCGCCGCCUUCGGGCUGGAGGAGGGGAAGGCGGCGGCGGGCCGGGACGGCGCCGUCUGCACCUCCAAGUAUUCGGGCGGUUACCCCUGCAGCCGGGGAGAGGUGAUCUACCGAACCCUCCCGAAGUGGCAGUCUUUGGACCCCUUUGGAGUGGAGGGCCAGCAGCAGCUGAGAGUGACCAACAUCCGAAUCCGCUUGCUGAAGCGUCAGGCGUGCCCCUGCAAGACCAAAGACCUCGCAAGCGUGGACGCUCCCACCCGACACUUCGCCAUCUACGAUCUCAUCGUGAAGGGAAGCUGCUUCUGCAACGGCCACGCAGAGCAGUGCAUUCCAGCCCCCGGAUACCAACCCAUCAGCGACCGGACCAAUCACGUGAUCCACGGAAAGUGUGUGUGCAGACACAACACUGCAGGUGAACACUGCGAGCGCUGCGCUCCUCUCUACAAUGACCGGCCCUGGCAGCCGGCCGACGGCCUGACCGGGGCUCCGCACGAAUGUCGGAAGUGUAAGUGCGGCGGGCAUGCUCAGAGCUGCCAUUUCGAUUGGACGGCGUGGCGCGAGUCCGGCCAGCGGAGCGGCGGCGUGUGUGACUGCGCGCACAACACGGAAGGCCGUCAGUGUCAGAAAUGCAAGUCCGGCUUCUACAGGGACCCCCAGCGGCCGCUCACUGCGCCGGACUCCUGCAAACCGUGCGACUGCCACCCCCUGGGCUCCAUGCCCUUCCCCUCGGCCGACGGUUCGCUGUGCGACCCCGCCAAUGGGAACUGCAUCUGCAAACCUGGAGUGGGCGGAGCUCACUGCGACAGGUGCAUGGUGGGCUACUGGGGCUUUCACGACUACGGCUGCCGCCCGUGUGACUGCGCCGGAGACUGCGACCCGUUCACGGGAGACUGCGUGUUUGGGUGCGUGCUGCGUGUGGGGCAGGUUCCUCCUGUGGAGUCCCACUCAACGCCUGUGGUCGUGUGUUACAGCUUUGACCUGGAGCUGCCCAACUUCGACGGAAACUCCAGCGAAUCUGUGAGGAUCUUCAGGGCCGAUGAGCUCUUCUCUGCUCUCCACUACUCAGAGAAGUGUGAGUGCAAAGAGCAAGCCCUGACAAACAGCAAACUCUUCUGCACCAUGAAUUAUGCAUACGUGCUGAAAGUGAAAGUGCUGUCGGCCCAUGACAAAGGCUCCCAUGCCGAGGUGGAGGUUAAAGUUCAAAAGGUUCUCAGCCAAAACGCCAAACUGAAGAUCGAAAACGGUCGGGUCACCCUUUACCCCGAGUCCUGGACGGCGAGGGGCUGCACCUGUCCCAUCCUCAACCCCGGCGUGGAGUACCUGGUGGCGGGCCACACGGAUCGUAAGCAAGGCCGCCUGCUGGUCAACAUGAAGAGCUUCGUCAAACCGUGGAAAGCCAGCUUGGGCCGCAAAGUGCUCACACUGCUCAGGAAAGACUGCAACUGGUAGAUGGACAAAAACGGGAGGGACGACGAUGGACCGGACUAAUUCUGACUGGACUAAACCGGCGAUCUUCUUUGUCCUGUCCUCCUGAUUUGGAUUUGUUUUUUUGUUUUUUUAUGUGUAGCAGCAGAUUUUGGGGGACCGAACUGAGAUAAUUGAAAUCCUCCAUUUUUCUGCAGUUGUCCAUUGAGCAUAAAAAAACUUCUUUUUUUUUUAAAACUGGUGGUGGACUGCACAAGCUAAAAGCACACAGGAUGUAAAUUUUAUAAGGACAAAUUAGUCUUGUGCCGGAGCAAACUCUCACUCUUACAUUGGUAUGUAGGAUUCAAGCAAAAAAAAAACAACAACAUUUUUUGUUUUUAACUGACUGCCGCAGCUCAAAAAGAAUAUUCCCGAGCGGUCUCCAAACCGACUGGAGCCCUGAACCCUCCGCGUGCACUACGACACACACAGAACACUGCUUCUCCUCCUCGACAGCACUUUAGCCUAAGAUGGACUGAGAAAAAAAAAAAAAGGAAGCACAAAGAACGGAGGAUUAAAAAGACACUUCCAGGCACACGCGCCCCCUGGCGCAGACUGCCGACGUGCCACGUCCGCUCUCUCCAAAAAAGGACACGGCAGCAGCAUCUGAGCGCGCCGCAGACACAAUAUGCAAAGCACGGAGGGCCACGCUAAAGAAGCCAUACAAGCCACUACAAGUGGUUAAACCUUAGCCAGUCCAGGUGUGCCUGUGUUGAAAUCGGAGCGAAUGGGUUAUAUCCCCAACGUGAAUGUAUUCGUCUGACUGUGUGUGUUUUUCUGUGUGCGUGCGAGUUCCAGAGAGUGGCUGAAAACGAGCGUGAUGAGCACAAGGAGCACGGACCCGAUAAAGUCGAGCUCUUGGGCUUUGUGGAUCCCAACAGAUCCGAUGUUUAUAAUGCAGCAUCCUGUCUAUUGAUUCAUCUCAUAUUUACACUCUACUGCUCAGCUGAGACAAAGUCUUGAUAUUCCUUCCUUUGUAUUCAUGUACAGUAUUAUUUGUAUAUAUAUCUAUAAAUAUUAUUGCUUCUCUUUCUCUGUGUUUUAGUGUGUUUUUUGUUCAUGGAAAUAUUAAAGGAAAAUCAGGCUUCUGACAAGCUUUGGCCC